UCGAGUGGAGAAGCCGCUUGGGGAAGGAUCAUCAACGAUCACCCUGCAUCGUCAGAAACCUUAAGCUGAUUCCGGAAAAACAGUGCCGUACUUGAUCGGAUAAAGUAGAUGUCCUAAAUCUGUUUACAAUGUUAGGCACAAUCCAUGGUCUGCUGGUAGUGAGUGCCAUACUCAGCCUGGCAAAUGGAUCUGGAUACUCUACAAAGCCAAACAUAAUAAUAAUACUGAUCGAUGAUAUGGGUAUGAACGAUGUGAGCUUUCAUGGCUCAAAUCAGAUCCUCACACCCAACAUCGAUGCCCUGGCCUACAAUGGUAUCGUGCUGAACAAGCAUUAUGUUCCGAAUUUGUGCACUCCGUCGAGGGCCACCCUACUAACGGGAAAAUAUCCCAUACACACGGGAAUGCAGCACUUUGUGAUCAUAACCGAUGAGCCCUGGAGUCUUCCUAAGCGAGAGCGACUGAUGCCGGAAAUUUUCCGGGAGGCGGGCUAUUCGACCCACUUGGUGGGCAAGUGGCACCUAGGAUUCUGGCGAAAGGAUGUCACACCCACAAUGCGAGGAUUCGACCACCAUUUUGGCUAUUACAACGGCUAUAUAGACUACUACGACCACCAGGUUCGAAUGCUGGACAGGAACUAUUCAGCUGGCCUGGAUUUCCGGCGGGAUCUGAAACCCUGUCCCGAAGCGAACGGAACUUACGCCACGGAAGCCUUUACUUCGGAGGCCAAAAGAAUCAUUGAGGAGCAUGACAAGAGCAAGCCGCUGUUCAUGGUGCUCAGUCAUUUGGCCGUACACACGGGUAACGAGGAUAAUCCGAUGCAGGCUCCUGAGGAGGAGGUGUCCAAGUUUUCCCACAUCAAGGAUCCCAAACGGCGCACCUACGCUGGUGAGUUGUAGAUUUUAUUCGAGAAUUGGCUUAUUAAAUUCAAAUUUAUACUUAUCAAUAUUUUUCUUAUGAUUUCAAGUCUGGACAAGAGUGUGGCUCGGACGAUUGGUGCCUUAAAGGAUAAUGGCAUGCUGAAUAACAGCAUAAUUUUGCUCUACUCAGACAAUGGAGCACCAACCGUGGGCAUCCAUUCCAAUGCUGGUUCUAAUUUUCCUUAUCGCGGGCAAAAGGAAUCUCCCUGGGAGGGUGGCAUUCGAUCGGCUGGAGCUCUAUGGAGUCCGCUGCUCAAGGAACAAGGAUAUGUGUCCAAUCAGGCGAUCCACGCCAUAGAUUGGCUGCCCACACUGGCCGGAGCUGCUGGCGUCUCCUUGCCGCAGGAUCUCCAGCUGGACGGGAUUAAUCUCUGGCCUUCGCUGAGUGGCAACGAGGAGCCGAAGCCCAGGACAAUGAUUCACGUUCUGGACGAAGUUUUCGGCUACUCGUCGUACAUGAGGGAUACUCUGAAGUACGUCAACGGAAGCAGUUUCGGUGGUCAAUACGAUCAGUGGUUGGGGGAACUGGAGUCCAACGAAGACGAUCCGUUGAGUGAGAACUACGGACAGUAUGUCCUGGCAUCGGAAGUUCAACGUAUGUUGGGAAAUCGGGGAUUAACCGAGGAUCGCAUCCGGCAGAUGCGAAGCGAAGCCACCCAGGAGUGUCCCCUUGUGGACGGACAGGAUCCCCUAGAUCCCCAAUUCAAAUGUGAACCCCUCAAAGCCCACUGCUUUUUCGAUCUGGCAAAAGAUCCCUGCGAGCGGUUCAACUUGGCCCAACUUUAUCCACGCCAACUGCAGGAACUCGCUGAAGAGGUGGCUCAAAUCCGGCGAACUGCGAUUCCUAGCGCCCGAGUUCCCAAAUCGGAUUCAAGGGCUGAUCCAGCUUAUCACAACGGCAAUUGGGAGUGGUGGAAUAAUACGGAAACGAACUCAAGUGCCGGCACUGGUUCGCUGCACUUAUGGAUUUUGUUAGGAAGUAUUAUAGGAUUAAGUUUGUUGUAAUUGUUAACAGAAGUAAGUUCUGUUUAGCUUUAUUCUUAAUAAAGUUUUUUUAAGUA